AUGUUUUCAGCCGGUCAAAUAGUCACCUCGUGCGCGCCACGAAAGCAGAUCGACCUCCUUCACGGCAUUACAUUCUUCCCAGAAUUGAGUGAUGUUGAAUUUCACCUUCUACACCUCAUACUCCACAAACAAACCGAUGUCGACAAGUAUCUCAUCGGCUCCAGCUUUCGCGAUCAACACCAGCAAGCAUUCAUCGAUCACCUGGCAAUACCUUUUGUGCGGGAUGCAUUCAUCGCUUGUGCCCCGCUCCUAAUCGAACGCCGGGGCAUUCAUCAACUCGCCAAAGCUCAGCUCACUGACGUGAGCAACAAGAGAGCUGCGGCGGCGAUCGCUUCGCUCCGCCAGCUACAAGUCCAUGAUGACCACGAUUUAUCAACUGUCCUAAUACUGGGCGUGGCAUUGGUGACAUUUGCGACGCAUCAUGGCGGUGAGCUGUUGCUCUGCCGUCAUAUCUUGGGCCUCGUCAAACCUCUGUAUGACACCGGCUCGAGUUAUUCGUUGACCCAGCGACUGGGUGCUGACGGUAUCUCCUUCCUCGUUUGCCUGCUCGGCACUGAGACAAUGGACUGCCUCAUUCGAUGCGAGGUUCCAACCAUGAAGGUCCGUCCGGGUGACCUCGACGAUGCCGUCGAUCGAUUCAUUGGCAUUUCGGCGCCGUUGCUGACCUAUUUUCACGAACUAUGCGCAGUGACCAAGAAAAUAUGCGACUCCGGGUAUCGGCGUAGCGACGGGGUUGUGGUUGAAGUUGUCGAAAAAGCUCUCACAGAGAUCGGUGAUGCCGUUACAAUGUGGGAACCCAGAGUGUUAGCUUGUUCUCUCACGGAUCAAUACACCCCGACAGAGGUGGUGUUGAUGUUCGCCCAGGCCAAAGUCCUUCGCUUAACAGCCCUUCUCGUAUUGCACAGAUUACGCUACGCCUUCGGCACCCAAGAUGGCGUGGCUCUUGCAAUGGCCAAUGCUAUUCUGGACGAGCUCAAUAUGGUCGUCAAUCUCACCGGGCAGACUAUUCCUUUUGUGGACUUCGCCUAUCUGAUAUCGUGCUUCGAGAUCACCAAACCUUGGGAGAGGCGGGCUGUCCUGGAAAAGUCACACCUGAUCGUAGACUUUUCGUUUAGGUGGCGCGAACAGAUCAAGACAUGGAUUGUUUCAUUUUGGGCCGUUAAAGACAGCGACGCUGGUCGUUCCAUGCACUGGGAAGACAUCCAUGCGUACCUGCCAGACAGCGAGAGUCCGCGUGCUCACAUUCAACGAAAUGCAUCACAUUAG